AUUAAAACCUUCCCUUCUUUUGCCAUGCUUUAUCAUUAAUAGACAGCAUUUACAGCACAGCUUUAAUUGUCUUUCUAAGCUGCAGUAUAAACAAUAUAGUAAAAUCUUUAACAAAGUCUUUAAAACAAAACAACCUCCCUACAGAACCAGGGUGUGACAAAAAACAACAAAAAGUGCAAACAAUCGUAUGCAUGGAUCUGAAUUUCCCCUCCAAGUGUAUCUACUGUAGACUGAACUGUCAGAACUCACUGUGUUUGUGCAUUGUGAUGUCAUAAUUAAACUUUGCCCUUGUUACUAUAAGGUAUUUUUUUUUUUGCCUUCAAAAUGUACUUUUUGUCUAUCUGGAUGUGAUGAUCAAGUGGCCAGAGCUUAUGGCAGGUCGGUCUUGGCUAGAGUCCUCUCUCGAUCGCUCAUCUAAGCUUGGACUUGAGGUGUUGGAAAGAUCCAAAAGACGAUCUGUCAACUGGAAGAGUGUAAGAUCAUCAAUCAGAUCCAGCAAAAAAGAGAAACAGAGUGAGGUUCAGGAAGACCUUGCUGUGCGCAUGAGCUUGGAUCAUGCGUUUGCAAAAAUAGUGGAGUGCAUGUCUGAAACUACAAGUCAGUGUCAGAACUUUUACAGGUCUGUUGGUGCUACAGAGCUCAGUGAGCGUGAGCGAAACCACGUGUAUCGUUUCCAUUCUCAGCAGCUUCCACAGAUCUCAGGUCGAUCUCAGCAUGCUAGCAUGACCUCCAAAGAAGCUUGUUGCACUGGCUUGUCCGAGCCAGAGGACUUCUUGAUUGAAGUGUCUCCAGGCACCUAUGCAGUCACAGCAGCGAUGCAGGAUGCUGGACCAAAGACCCGCGUGGUGCACAUCAACGCAGGGGAGAGCAUGAGACUCACAUUUAACCUCUGACCUCUUGGUCAUACCCAAUAUUAUAAGAGUCUGGAGCAGUGUCCUCAGGGAUAGACAGUACCUAAAUCUUUCUGUUCUCUUAAAUAAUAAUUGCACUGAGCUUGGAA